GAGAGAGAGAAAAAAAAACAGCCAAAGAUUCGGAUUUGACUGUCUUUUCCUUUUCUUCUCUUGGCGCCUCGAACGAGCUGCCCUACAAUUGCAGCUUCCAUCUUCUUUCCGUACCCAGUACUUGUCGCCUUUUUUGCUCUAUCGAAGCUCCGUCCGAUCCUGUCAAGAUGCUGUCAUCAGCUGCUCUCGCGGCCACUCGUCGCGUGCUCACCAGCACCGGCGCGGCAGCUCCGUUGCGCCAAUCCGUCGUUCUUACAGCUCGCGCACUGGUCCUGCGUCCUGCCGCGCCCUCUCUGCGCCUGAUCAGCACCUCAGCGCCUCUGCGCGCGGCUGCGUCGAAGGCGACCAAGUCCAAGUCAACAAAGAGCUCCACCAAGAAGCCGGCCAGCAAGAAGACGGCAAAGCCCAAGGCUAAGAAGCCGGCUAAGAAGAAGGCUGUGAAGAAGGCUGUGAAGAAGAAGGUCGCGGUCAAGAAGCCAAAGAAGGCGCCGAAGAAGAAGGUGUUGACGGACGAGCAGAAGGACAGGCUCGAGAUUAGGAGGCUGCGACAGAUGGCGCUGCUGAAGGGACCGACUUUGCUUCCGGAGACGGCAUGGAACGUGUUUAUGAUUGACAACAUCCGUGGUGGAGAAGGUAGUCUCGUGGACAAAGUCAAGGCUCUUGCUAUUAGCUUCAAGAAUCUGCCCGAGUCUGAGAGAGAGCGUAUGACAGCAGUCGGACAAUCUAACCGGAUUGCCAAUCAAGAGGCGAAGAAGAAAUGGAUUGAGUCUUACCCUCCCGAGGCAAUCCACGCUGCCAACCUGGCCCGUCGUCGCCUGGCUCGCAAAACAGACAAAUCUAAAGUCUACCUGAUUCACGACGAGCGCAUUCCUCAGCGCACUGGAUCCGGCUUCACAUUUUUCAUCAAAGAGCACUUCAGUGAGAAUGUCGGCUCGCCUAAGGAUGCUAUGCGCAGCCUUAGCGAACGCUGGAAGACUCUAAGCAGCGAAGAGAAGGCCCCUUACCUGAAAAGGGCUGCUGACAUUGCCGAGGUAUCAGGAGCGCAGCUGAAGGAGCUGCGAGAGAAGGGCACCAAGUACUGGAAGGAGAAGCUUGCCGCGCCCAAGGAGUAAGCCAAGGUAUCUGGUAUUGGAUGCUGAUGAUACUGUAUGUUAUAAGCGAGUAGAGGAGCUACUUUUUUUUUUUUUCUCUUUUGGGCCAUGUCACUUGUCUGUAUUUUUUAUGGUGUAUCUAUCUCUUGGUUUUGGGCUGGUGAUAGGAAAUGGGAGGGACAAUGGAAGUGCGAAAGCGAAGAAAAAUAAAACGUCGGUCGGUUUCGUUUGAUGAUGUUUUACUUGAUCUUUAGCGAUGUGCCUUUUGCUGCGGACUAAUGUUGUAUAACGAUAGACUUGGAAAUUGUAUGACAUUGACUAAAACCUUCCCCUGAAAUGAUGCGUAGCAGGUACAAUAAAAGUGAGAGCUCCCAAACGCCAAUCUCAUGAAACACGCGAUGCCUUAUAUCAGCUAAUAUUUGCGAUUCCAACUCCCAACCUUCGAUAAAGUAUUCAAUGAUAGCAAUUCAAGUCAAUCUACUUGGCAAGUAG